AUGGAGGGCGCGCGAGUGGCUCUCGCUCGUGUCUCCCCAUCAGACUUCCCUUCUCCUCUCCACACCAGCACGGCAGUUGAAGAGGACAGGAGGAGCAGUGAGAGUGGGAGAUGGGGGCGUGUAGGAAAGUAUAGUGUAGAUGUUGCUUCUGUUGACCUGCAUGUGCUGCCACUGCUCUCCCUCGCCUCUGCGCCACCGCCAUCCCUGCCCUCUUCCUCCCUCGCACCACCCCAGCCAACAGCCCCAUACAUAGAGUCACAAUCACAAUCACAAUCACGGUCAGAAUCACAAUCCCCAUCACCAGCAACUCCACCAGAAGCAGCAUCUCGUGCCGAUUUCAGCAGCAGCUGCAGCAGGGCACAUGGCACGUUGUGGGUGGUGGAUGAGAUUGGGAAGAUGGAGCUGCUAUCCACCCGCUUUGCUGCUGCCGUCACUGCCCUGCUGGACGCGCCUUUGCCUCUCCUCGCCUCCAUCCCUACUCCCCUUUCCAUUGCACGCACACUUGUGGACAUUGCACAGCAGCAAAAAUCACUCGCCCUCUCACCACCCACGUACCCUCCCGCCCGCUUCCCUGUGCGUCCCUACUUGUUGCUUCUACCUGUCCCCUGCCUCCUUGCAGUGGCUGCCAUCCGUGCCCGUCCAGAUGUUUUCAUAGUGGAGGUGUCGCGCAGCAACAGGGACCGCUUGGUGCCAUUGCUCACCGACCAACUACUUGCUCUCAUCUGCUCCUCUGGAGGUGGAAGAAACUCCUAA